AUGGUGAAGUGGGUGAAUGGAGCUCAGGCUCUGGGCUCUGGUCCUGGUUUUAGAGGAUCAUUGCAGGAGGAAGCAUUUAAAGCAGGAACGAAACACUUGGUGAGGAUGAAUGAAGUGAGAGUGGAGGAAAGCAUCAUGUCUUACCUCUCGCUGAGUGAGCCCGACGCCUGCAACAAAGACCUGAAUGUGGUGGCUAUGCUCCAUAACUUCUGGGAGCAGAAGCAGGCGGCUCAGUUCAGUAGCUCCCCUGAUAAAUCAGAUGGUUUUGGUGGAAAAGCAGCCAGACUGACUGAGAGUCUGCUUCUGUACGAAUCGGCACCUUCGCCCUGUCCUCCUUACGUCUGCUACGUCACGCUUCCUGGAGGGAGCUGCUUUGGUAACUACAAGGAGUGCGACACUCAAGCGGAGGCUCGGAGGGACGCGGCUCGUGUGGCUCUCAUGAAUUCAGUUGUGAACAAGCUGCCAUGUCGACGCAUCAGCCCUCAGUUCAUCGCUCAGAGUCUGCAGCAGGCGGCCAAAGAAAGCGCAGUUUCGUUAGAGGACGCCUGCGAUUCAAGCACAAGUGUAGGAACCUACAGUUUGCUGCUACACUCCUACAUGGGGAGGACCAUGCUGGAGUUCCAGGAGAUGAUGACAGUUUUCCAGCUGUUGCACUGGAACGGGACACUGAAGGCGCUCAGGGAGAGGAAGUGUUCCCGCCAGAGCGUGAUUGCCUAUUACUCCCAGCGAGGGCUUGAUGAGUGCAUGCGCAGCAGCAUGGCUCUGGAUUGGCUCGGGCGGGAGCAGAGAUCGCCGGGGCUGCUGGGAGUGGAGCUGCAGGCGGCCCAGAGGGAGCUGACGCUGGCCCGCCGUCGAGGCACAGAGCUGCGCUUCCACAAAGAAAAGACAGAGAUCCUCAGCCUGGCUCUGAGCCAAGCGUAUAUUCAGCACACACCUGAGGUCUUCAGCGACCCACCGAGCCACUCGUACACACAAGAACAACUCCCUUUACACACAUUAUACAGCCAGGACAUUGAAGGCAAGAUAACGUCGCCCUUCAGUCCUUCACCAGCCCUCCAUAAAAGCACAGAGCAAACAGAGAGUCAAACAUCUGACACACACACAACGUCCAGCAGCUCUUCACCACGCUCACAUAAGGCUUUUGUUUCUUUAAAUGUUUUUGAAUAGACUAAAUUUGACAAUACAGGAUGAACAGUGUCGGACUCAUGAUCUAAAAUUUAGAAAGAAAAAAGCAGGGAUAUACUUUUUCAAGCUAUCAAAUGUUUCACGGCUCAUUAUUUUUUGCAAACAAUAUAGAUACUUUACUUUAGAAUUAAUCAUCAUUUAGCAUUUUGUUAUUUGUUAUUUCUCUCGUAAAUAUUUUUUUAAAUGUCAAAUUCAGUUUUGCAGCUAAACACUAAGAGCAAUUAUUGUAUUUGUAGCAUUCUCAAAAAACAUUUUUUUGUUUAGAUGAAGUGUCAAAAACAUAGUUUAUUAUUUUCCUAUUUUUACAUGAACAAAAAUGUUGUACCUUUUAUUUAAAUGUUUUCUCUCAGUGUGAUUUUUUGCUGCACUCUGCUUUGGAGAAAACAAUGUGUUUUUUUCCCAACAAAAAAGUUUCAUUAUCUUUGCAGUUCUCAGAACUACAAAUAUGCAGUCAUCUUUAUUUCUGUUUAUCUUUUGAGAAAAUAUGCUGGAAAUUUUAUUAACUCAAGUUCCAUUUUAACACAACUGGGAUCCAAAUGGUUAUGGAAAGAUUUCCUAGUUAGAAUAUAAGAACAAAUCUCAUUUUCAAGAAAAAAAUAAAGCGAACUUCAGUUUGGCCUGUUUUUCCAACAUAAGCAGCUUCAGGGAAAUUAUUCUAUUUAAUAGAUCAAUCUCUGAGACAGCAGUUUCAGUAUGUUUCCCAUGAUCUGUCACAUUCAUCUAUUUAUUAACACAAUCGCGUUGCCCACACAGUAAUGGAAACAGCUGCCAUCAGUGGUGCCCACACACAUCAUCAGAGGAAUCUUUGGGGUCAGUGUCAGGCCCAGUCUAUCACUGAGCGAUCAGCGUGAAUGUUCUGAAAUGUGAACUUAUCCAUUCCUGUUUUUCACUAAGUGGCCUAGCAACUAGUUUUAAAUUGUAUUUGCAUUUUGCCUCAUCUUCUUUGAUAUGGGCUCUGUUCCCAUAAAACUUCUUGUUGUGGUACAUGGACAUUCUGCAUGGAGAGCACAAUGUUUCAUUGCACACACAUUGAAUAACAAUGAAAACGCUGAGUAAAAGGAAAAAUGGAUUCCCACCUCUAUCAGUUCACCUGAUUGAAAAGUGAGAGUUGUUAUAUUAUUUAAUGUUUAUAGAUUGUUAUUGAACCUUAAGUUUCAAUUCCAAUCUCUCACUCAAAGAAUUAGUAUGAAGUGUCUUUGAAAGACUCCUGCUUCCUCAAACAAAUGAGGUUUUGAUCAUGAAGAUGACGAUGAUGAUGGUGGUGAUGGUGAUUGCUAGUUGUUGUAUUUUGUCAACUUUGGCUCUUGGUAUUUCUCAAUAAACA